CUCCAGGCGCAUGGCACCCGCCGCCCAGUCGCCGCAGUGGCUGCCGGGAUGCGCUGCAGCGAAUGGUCGCGCCGGGCGCCGCUGUGAGUGACCUUUCACCCGCGCCCAGCGGUCCGGGGCGGCGGCACAAGGCGGAAGCCAUGGCGGAGGCGGCGGCUGCAGCCGGCGGGACGAGUGCUGGCGCGGGCUCCGGCCCUGGAACGGACCAGGACCGCGACGCUGAGCGGGACCGCGCCGGGCGGAGGCUGCGGGUUCUCUCGGGCCAUCUGCUGGGCCGGCCGCGGGAGGCUCUGAGUACCAAUGAGUGCAAAGCGCGGAGAACCGCGUCGGCGGCCACGGCGGAGCCCGCGGCGACUCCCGCGGCGCAGGAGUCGGGCACCAUCCCUAAGAAGCGGCAAGAAGUUAUGAAAUGGAAUGGAUGGGGAUAUAAUGAUUCCAAGUUCUUCUUAAAUAAGAAAGGCCAACUUGAGUUGACUGGGAAAAGGUAUCCUCUCAGUGGUAUGAUUUUACCAACUUUUAGAGAAUGGAUCCAAAAUACCCUUGGAGUAAAUAUGGAGCAUAAAACUACCUCUAAAGCAUCCUUAAAUCCUAGUGAUACACCUCCUUCUAUUGUAAAUGAAGAUUUUCUCCAUGACCUUAAAAAAACUAAUAUUUCAUAUUCACAAGAAGCAAUUGAUCGAGUAUUUAGAGCUCAUGGUCAUUGUCUUCAUGAGAUAUUUUUGCUCAGGGAAGGAAUGUUUCAGCGAGUUCCUGAUAUAGUUUUAUGGCCAACAUGUCACGAUGAUGUAGUUAAGAUUGUGAAUCUAGCAUGCAGAUAUAAUCUUUGUAUCAUACCAAUUGGUGGAGGAACAAGUGUUUCAUAUGGCCUAAUGUGUCCUGCAGAUGAAACAAGAACAAUUAUUUCUUUGGACACUUCACAAAUGAAUAGAAUCCUUUGGGUUGAUGAAAACAAUCUGACAGCUCAUGUGGAGGCUGGCAUAACAGGACAAGACUUGGAAAGACAGCUUAAAGAAAGUGGUUAUUGUACAGGUCAUGAGCCAGAUUCCCUGGAAUUCAGCACUUUGGGAGGAUGGGUAUCAACUCGGGCAUCAGGCAUGAAGAAGAAUAUCUAUGGCAAUAUUGAAGACCUGGUGGUUCAUAUAAAAAUGGUAACACCUCGAGGCAUAAUUGAAAAAAGCAGUCAAGGACCUCGUAUGUCAACAGGGCCUGAUAUCCAUCACUUCAUCAUGGGAUCUGAAGGAACUCUUGGUGUGAUAACAGAAGCUACAAUAAAAAUCAGACCAAUCCCUGAAUACCAAAAGUAUGGCUCAGUAGCUUUCCCUAAUUUUGAACAAGGAGUAGCCUGUUUAAGAGAAAUUGCAAAACAGAGAUGUGCUCCUGCAUCUGUUCGCCUAAUGGACAACCAGCAGUUUCAGUUUGGUCAUGCUCUUAAACCUCAGGUUUCCUCUAUUUUUACAUCAUUUCUGGAUGGACUAAAAAAGUUUUACAUUACAAAGUUUAAAGGAUUUGAUCCAAAUCAGAUAAGUGUUGCCACAUUACUGUUUGAAGGGGACCGUGAGAAGGUUCUUCAACAUGAAAAACAAGUAUACGACAUUGCCGCAAAAUUUGGUGGAUUGGCAGCUGGAGAAGAUAAUGGACAGAGAGGUUAUUUACUGACCUAUGUCAUUGCGUACAUUCGAGACUUGGCCUUGGAAUACUAUAUAGUAGGAGAAUCUUUUGAGACUUCUGCUCCUUGGGACAGAGUUGUUGAUCUCUGCAGAAAUGUAAAAGAAAGAAUAAUAAGGGAAUGCAAAGAGAAGGGUGUUCAGUUUGCUCCUCUUUCUACAUGCAGGGUCACGCAGACUUAUGAUGCAGGUGCAUGUAUCUACUUCUACUUUGCCUUUAACUACAGGGGAAUAAGUGACCCACUGACUGUGUUUGAACAAACUGAGGCAGCUGCUAGAGAAGAAAUCCUUGCUAAUGGAGGGAGCCUGUCACAUCAUCAUGGAGUCGGCAAGUUACGGAAGCAGUGGCUAAAGGAAAGUAUCUCUGAUGUCGGCUAUGGGAUGCUGAAGUCUGUCAAGGAAUAUGUGGACCCCAAUAACAUCUUUGGAAACAGAAACCUUUUAUAAAUCCAUCACUAUUGUUACAAAAAAAGUAAAAAAAAAAAUUUUUUUUGAAAUCUUCAGCUAUGGUUAUACCAGUAAUCAUAUAUAU